AAAAUUAAAAGAUGUAACUAGUGGAUGAAUUUAGAUUAUUGUUUGUAGAUGAGAAGUGGAGUGCGCUUUUAAUGUGAUAUGUGAUGUAAUUAUUAAUGUACGGAAAGUGAAUAUUGCAAAUGUCAUGUGUUUAUGAUAAAAUUAAUUUAUUAAAUCAUGUAUUCAUGUUUAGCAAUAAUCUCCUGCAACCACUGACGGUUUUAUUAAACAAAUUUGUUAUCUGUAUCAUUAUUUGAUAAUUUUUAUAAAUCAAAUAAAAAAAAGCAAUGGAGGAACGGAGAGUUGCAGAUUACUUUGUGGUUGCUGGUCUUCCAGAACAACCAGAAGUGCUUGACGAUUCUGAUUCUGGACACUUGAAAGGAUAUAGUACAAAAGCACCAAUCACAGAUAUUGGUGUGGUAUUUCCUGGGUUAGGUGAAACGGUGCCAAAUGAUUACGAAUUAAUAGAAUCAACACCGACUGGUCUACCGGCUGAUCUGAACCAUGGCUCCAUGCGAUCUCCAGUUUGUUUUUUGUGCAUCCGACGGGGACGGGACAAGCCGCCCCUCGUUGAUAUCGGCGUCAUGUACGACGGCAGAGAGCGUCUCAUGGCGGACGCGGAGAUGGUACUCAAAUCGGUGGGCGGUAGACUGGCGAACGUGAACAAUUCCACGGCGAAAACUUAUAUCACGUACAGGCGGGCGCAUCCAACCGCGCCGUGCAAUGCUCUAGUCGUAGUCGAUAUAUGCGUAGUCGUCACCAGUAGGGGGGAAACCCCGCCACAUGCGUUUUGUAUGAUUGCGAAGAAUUUGAACAAAGGGUUAAUGGGUAGCGAUGUAUUCCUCUGCUACAAAAAGUCAAUGAACCGUCCGCCGCUAAUAGCUUUCAAACCAGAAGUACUGUUUAGGUAUCCCACGGUAGAUCGUCGCAGCAUGGCAUUUCCUACUUCUGUGCCCCUGUUCUGUCUGCCCAUGGGCGCCACGUUGGAGCUGUGGCCUAAUAACGCGUCUGCACCAAAGCCUGUAUUUUCCACUUUCGUUCUGACCGUCGCGGAUGCUACUGACAAGGUGUACGGUUCGGCCGUAACGUUCUACGAGAGCUACCCGCACGCGCAGUUGACGGAGGGGCACCAGGAGGCGCUCGGGUGGCGCGCCGGCGUCAGCCAGAGCACGCACUCGCUGCACGCCAACAAGUGCAUCUGCCUGCUCUCGCGGUGGCCCUUCAGCGACACGUUCGAGCGGUGGCUGCUCUAUAUUCUGGAAAUGUCAUGGAGUAAAGAACCGUUAAAUAUACCAAUCGAAAGGUACAUAACACACUUAUUGGAAGAAGUUCCAUUUCCCGAACCUCGCAUAUUACUUCAGUUAUCACCCACAAACCCACACGAUCGGGUCAUAGUAACUAGACGUGACGAUCAGCCGUUAGUACGAAGCGGCGCUGGCUUUAGACAGCUCUUGUUAAAUCUAGGACCUGAUAACUGUCUAUUGCUGCUUGCUUUGGCUAUCACCGAGCAGAAAAUACUUAUACAUUCAUUGAGACCAGACACACUUACCGCUGUAUCAGAGGCAGUAUCGAGUCUCCUGUUUCCAUUCAAAUGGCAGUGCCCGUAUAUACCACUUUGUCCAUUAGGAUUAGCGGAAGUACUUCACGCACCUUUGCCGUAUUUAAUAGGUGUUGACUCGAGGUUUUUUGACCUUUACGAACCGCCACCCGACGUUACUUGUGUCGAUUUAGACACCAAUAAUAUAACAAUAUGUGAAUCGCAGAGGCAUAUAUCAUUAAAGUUGCUUCCGAAAAGUCAAGCGAGGGCGUUAAGGCAGACGUUGGAACAGUUGUUCGCGAACAUUCGACCCGGUAUGUUAGCGUCGCCCAUCCACUAUUCAAAUAACAGCAAAUAUAAUGGUGAACCAACUACGAGUCUAGAUAGGGACUUCCAAAAGCGGAAAAAGGAGCAAGCAUUAGAACUGAAGAUUCAAGAAGCAUUUCUCCGAUUUAUGGCUGUGACGUUGGAAGGUUAUCGCAGAUAUCUGAUUCCCAUAACAAAGGCACCCACUGUUGGCACUACUGAUCCACAUGCGCUCUUCCAAAUGGACGCUUUUCUCAAAUCCAGGGAUAAGACGCAACAGCGCUUCCUGACGCUGAUAAUGCGCACGCAAAUGUUCACGCGGUUCAUAGAGGAGCGCUCGUUCGUGUGCGACGGCGCCGACCAGGGGCUCACGUUCUUCGACGAGUGCAUCGAGCGGGUGUCGGCCGACGGCGCGCUGCUCGACGUCGAGCCCGCGCACUGCGCCGAGCGCACCGUGUUCGUGCUGCCGCCCGACCCGCCCGACCCCGAGGAGACGUACACGUACGAGAAGUUCAUCCUGGACGCGGGGCUGGCGGGGCGCUGCCGGCAGAGCGCGCGCGGCGCCGUGCAGGCGCUGCCCAGCGCCGCGCGCGCCUCCGCCGAGUCGCUCGCCGACGCGUCGCCCAUGGCCAGGCGCACCAAGCACGAGAUCGCGGCCGCUCAGAGGAUGGCGCGUAAAGCCAGUCUGUCCCCGGAAGCAUGGGCCAAGUGUCUCCUCGGCGCGUGCUACUCGCUAUACUUCCUGGCGCUCCCGUGUCGUCUCACGCUGUACCGCGGCAAGGAACACGCUACAUUGCGCGCCGCGUAUGAGCUGCUCGAACGCGCUACCAAACUGCGCGUGCCGUUGGAUGAGGUGUGCUACCGAGCUAUGAUGCAGUUAUGCGGCAUCUACUCGCUGCCCGUGCUGGCGGUGCAGUUACUCUUCCUGAUGAAGCGCGCGGGCCUCCAGCCGAACGCACUGACGUACGGGUACUACAACAGAUGCGUGCUGGAGGCCGCUUGGCCCCAAGAUAUGCCUAGUGGUUCGCAAUUACUAUGGAACAAGUUGCGUAUAGCCGUGAUGGGUGCGGCGCUGUUCCGUGCUGCGGGCGCGCAGCGAGCGAGCCGCGCCGCCGGGCAAGCUACUGCUGGAUCUGGCGGAACAUUACCACGCGUAAGAACAGUUGCAGGAGAAGGUACUGAACUUGCUGCGUUAGCACUGGCUGAACCGAUGCGAAGCCGCUCCAGCUUAGAUUCAGUGUGCCGCGAGGAGGCGAGCGCGAGCGCGAGCGCGUUCGAGGCGCUGUGCCGGCGCGGCAACAUCGUGCGCACCAACACGCACGCGCGGGCGCACACGCGCGCGCACGCGCUCUCCGCGCACGCCGGCAUACUUAUAUCGGGUGUGCCGUCUAACCCUGAUCUCAGUGAGAACACGCGACCUCGCAGCAACUCGUUAGGUAAUGAAGAAGCGGAACCCACCAUGCCUAUUGCCGAAAAGAGACAAACCAUUCACGUAAGUCCAGAAAGUCCAUCGGAUUUGCGGAUACUCACAAGAUCGGAAAGUUUCGCUGGUGACGCCCAAAUCGUUCAAAACUUGCAGAGGCUUUCAUUUGGAAAUACAAACCCCAAAGCGCGCUGUUCACGAACGCUCAGCUUUCCCGAAGAGACCGAUAAGGAAAUGGCGGCAAUACAGAUUAACGAUGCCAACAAAACCUCCCCACUAAAACUGUCCCCCCGCACGCCGGUGCUGUCGGACGACCCGCUGGGCGCGCUGGCGCCGGACGGGGCGGGGACGGGGGCGGGGGCGAAGCGCCCGCCAAGCCCGCCGCGCAUACAGGACCCACCGCUGCCGAAGCACGAGCUCAGCGUCAGCCCCAAGUUGUUCCACCGCAGGAGCAACUCCUUCCAGGAUGAACCCGAGGAGCCGCCUGGGAAACUGCACAGGAGCGAGACGGCGCCCGCCACCGUGUCCAGCCUCGUCAGCUUGGGGAACACGCUCAAGAUCAGCUUUGGACGUUAUUCGCCCGCCAGACUCUCGUUGCGUAAAGAUAUGAAAAUUGGAAAGGCCAUGAUCGAGAAUUACUUCAGUCCAACAAGUAUAGCUGGCAAAAAGUCAAACGAAUUACUCCAAAGCGGUCUGAGCAGUCUCAAAUCGGCUGCAACCAGUAUGGCUAAGAAAUUCGAUGAAAUGAAGGAGGUUAUAUCAGCCAACUCGACCCCUGUAAAGAUGAAGGGCGCUAUCGGUAACGCUACGAGCGCUUUGACCAGCUUUAUUACUGAAGAAGAUUCUACCGAUGGCUCUUCUGAGAUUAACACUGAUGAUUGGUCAAGUGCAACUGGCUUUAGAAGAGCUUCAAGUGAUGCUGAGUUAGCGUGUACUAUGGAGCGCGGUUCGCUUGCAACUCUUCUGUCACAUUUGCCCGACAAUCUGUAUCCACAGCAAAAUGAGAGCACGGGCAGGGAGAAGGUGUCGGUCGUGGUGCAGAUGACGUCGUGCUCGCAGUGCCACCAGUGCCUCGCGCUGCUGUACGACGAGGACAUCAUGGCGGGCUGGGCGGCCGACGACUCCAACCUCAACACGCGCUGCACCGCGUGCGGCCGCCACACCGUGCCGCUGCUCUCCGUGCAGAUACUACGAACGGGUCAAACGCAAUCAGAAACUCUGAGUGUGCCCUAUUUGAACCCAUUAGUGCUGAGGAAAGAAUUCGAAUCGAUAUUGGGCAGAGAAGGGGACUCGUGUUUAGCUGAACCAGAAUUCGUAGAAUCCCAUCCGAUCGUGUACUGGAAUCUGGUGUGGUUCCUGGAGCGAGCAAACAUCGACAACCACUUGCCGGACUUGCUCUGCCCCAAUUACUCCUCCAAGUACACGAGCUCUGAUGCUCUGUCUGACGCUGAUAAAGUCGGUGGGUGCCGCGUGGUGUGCAGCUGGGACCUGUGGCGCUCGGGCGAGGGCGAGGCGGUGGCGCUGUACCGCGCGUGGCGCCGCCGCCAGCCGCGCUCGCGCCAGCUGCGCGCGCUGCUGCUCACCGACCACGACUACCAGUCAGUUAUUUUGACAGUAAUAGAUGGCUUACUCAGCAACGACCUUUCCGAUGCAAUACGUAAAUUAGCAUCGUGGAGGGAAUCGACUUCACCAAAUAAACGAUAUCUCUCCUAUUAUAGGGAUAUCCUCUUCCUCGCGAUGACCGCGCUGGGCGAGCCGGACAUCGACUUCGUGGCGCUCCAGCGCGAGUACACGCGCGCCAUCGAGCAGCUCGGCAGCGAGGCGCGCCCGCAGGACCUGCCGCCCUCGCCCACCGCGGUCUACUGCAGGCACUACUUCAAGCGGCUCAAGCUCAAGGUCGAAGACUAACGCCCUAUCCGAACGAACGUCACGUGAAUCGACAAUAGUACCCGGUCAUUCGCCUAUUGAAACGUCGACUACUCUGAACGGCCGAACGGUUAUUUCGCUAUAGCUUAUUCCAUGAAUUUGUUUCGUGAUAAACAGUUGAUCUCCAAACUUAUGACCGGGCUGAAGUUGUCGGUAGUGUGCUCCUGUCAUUUUGCGCAUAGUACGUGCACUCCACACAUCUCGCGGCUAACUUCAGCCCGCCCAAGAAGAUUGGAGAGUAUUUUAUUGAUUUGUUUUGCUACAGCUUAUUUCGGCUUCUUAUCACGUUUGCGAGCUUUUGACUGUUAUAAUAAUGGAUGUCCUUUUUUAAUGUAGGAAAACAAUGAUGAUGACGAACAAUAUAUAGAAAAGGUCAAGUUUAAUCAAAGCAAUAUAGAAAUAGGAUGUUUGUUUCUUCAGUGUUACAUCUAUUUGAAAUUUAAAAAACUUAAAAAUUGUAUAAUAUUGUAGUAGGAAUUUUAUACAGAAAUCAUGUUUGGGAUGUAUUAAAAUUAAGCAUGCAUAAUUGAAAUUGCUAGUAAAUACAAGUAAUGUCCAAAUUAACAUGCAAAAUGUAUGAAAAUCUUUUUUUUUUAAUAUUAAAUUUUAAAAGCAUAAGUGCCGUCCAAAUUUUCAAUCGUCGCAAAUGCUAUUUCAUUACUAUUUGGGAUCAAGUUUUUUAUGGUACGGUAAUUUAGAUUUAUUCAUUAAUGGCCUAUUUGCAUGCCCCAAAAUUAUUCCUUGAUAAUAAUGUUACCUAGCCUAAUACG